CUGCAGAAUUAAAAAUCAUUUGUUUCAUUGGAGAGUGAUAGGUUUGCCAGUUUGCUUGUAUGUCCGACUCGUGAGCACUUUGAGGAUACCUUGUAGUUCUGUUGAAAAACACAGCUCAGAAAAAAUAUUCUGGAGUGAGAUCAAUCAGGAGAAGCAUCUCUGCUUGGGACUCAGCAUGUCCUUUCGAGAGGAGUUGAGGAGUCGCCGGUUCUGGCGUUCAGUUUUAGCAGAGCUGGUUGGUUCCCUGGUCUUGGUCGCAGUUAUUUUGGGUGCCUCUGCUCCUGGACAGGAAGAUGGGCUUCCAGCGUUGAUGCAGGUGGCUGUAGCUGCGGGAUUUUCUGCUGUCAGCCUGAUCCACUGUUUUGGAGAGAUUAGCGGUGCUCAGGUAAACCCAGCUGUCACAGUCGCAUUCUUGUGCACCAGGAAACUGGAUUUACUUCAGUUUGGGUCCUACAUUCUGGCUCAAUGUCUUGGAGCUGUAAUUGGAUCAGGAAUAAUCUACAUGUCACUGCCAGUCAAGUCAGCAUCAAGGCACUUAGUUAACAUGAUCAACAAAGAUGGAAAUGCUGGCCAAGCGCUUGCAAUGGAGAUUUUUGCCACAUUCCAGCUGGUUUUCACUAUAUUUGCAGUGGAUGAUCACCGGCAUAGGGAAGUGGGAGAACCUGGCAGUGUGGCAGUAGCGCUCAGUCUGAUGGCAGGAAUCCUGGCAUCGGGUAAGUUUUCAGGAGGCAGCCUGAAUCCUGCAAGAUCUCUUGGACCAGCGAUAAUCACCGGAUUCUGGGAGCAUCACUGGGUGUACUGGAUUGGUCCUAUCCUUGGUGCUGUCCUUGGUGGCAUUUCUUAUGAGUUCUUUUUUGCCUCCAGUGCCUCUCAAGAAAAGCUCAUUGCAUGUAUCACCUGCAAAGAUAUUGAGAUUGUGGAAACCGCUAGCGUGUCCCGUUCAUCAUUACUGACGGUCACACAGUCUGCAAUGAGAGCAAAACAGACUGCAAAAGUGCAGGAUCACAGUUAAAGUUCACAUUAUGUUUUUCCAUAUACCGAUAUAGAUAGCCUGGAUUGUCUUUUUAAAUCUGUGCUAGACACAUGGCUUGUUACAAACAUUAACAAUUGGCUUUGACACCCUGGGAGGUGCUGUUGGUGAGUGCAUUGGCUAAUGUUGCCCCAACGCAUGUAGACCAGGAAGUUCCAAGUUCAAAUCCCCCAGUGUAUGCUGAGCUAGCUGAUCUUACAAGGCCACCAGCUCAGGCACAACUACUACUGUCAGCUCUUUGGUUAAGGAGAACAACCAGUUACUGCUCUUGUUGAUUAGAAAGUGUGUACAUGAACAUCAGCUGGGCUGAAAUUCUGCCAUGAUUGAAUGCCUUACAAACAAGGUUGCUUGAGCACUAACUAUGCCCAUGCACAAAUAUGCUGGCCUCAUUGAAUAAUGAAAAUUCAGCUCAUUUAAGUAUUUUUUUGUCACCCUCACCACAUAGCUCAGAAAACCAUAUUCCAGCAUCACAGAACUGCACAUCGGCGCCAGUGAAACUAUAUCCCAACAAGAGCUCAACAUUUUAGAAUAGGACAUAAAAGCUGGGUGGAAAGUAGAGGGUAGUUCAUGUAUUUUAUAGUGGGAUCGUGGGACAUAAAUUAUAUAAGGGAACAGUUUCCAUUGAUACCCUUGGAGCAGAAUAUGAAACUCUUCAAAAUAUUUUUGAAUUAAAAAGUAAAUACAUCAAAUCCUCAUUAAAACUAAUGGUAGGAAGUAAUGACAUGGUGGCUCAGUGGUUAGCCCUCCUACCUUACAGUGCCAGGGACCCAGGUCUGAUUCCACCCUCAGGUGACUGUCCGUGUGGAGUUUGCAUGUCUGCAUGGGUUUCCUCCAGGUGCUCUGGUUUCCUCCCACAGUCCAAAGAUAUGCAGGUUGAGUGGAUUGGCCAUGGGAAAUACAGGGAUAGGUGGGGAUGAGUCUGAGUGGGAUGGCCUUUGGAGGGUUAGUGUGGACUCAGUGGGCUGAAUGGCCUCCUUCCACAUUGUAGGGAUUCUGUGAAUUAAUUUUCAAAUUUAUAACAACAUCCAUUUUCAUGUUGUAUUACUUGAUAAGCUGGCUAAGCUUUAACAACUGCAGUGAAUAUAUUUUAUGCCACUACUUGGUAGGAAAAGCUUUAAUCAAAGUCUAAAGUAGUUACAACUAAAAAUAGAAAAUGCUAGAAAUACUCUGCAGGUCCGGUAGGAUCUUUGGAGAGAGAAACAGAGUUAAAGUUUCAGAUCAACAAACUUUCAAAACAAGGACACUGACCUCAAAUAUUAACUCUGUCUCCAUCUCCACAGACAAUGCUGAGUAUUUCUAACAUUUUCUGUUUUCAUUCUGGCAUCCACAGUAUUUUGCUUUGAUCUAACGCAGUGUUAUUCCACAACCUUCCAAAGAUGAGAAGGGCUAUGUGAUAAAGCGAGUAGUCGAAAUUCUACGAUCAGACUCUAGGAUUGACAAAUAAUUGAAACUCUGGAAGCCAAAGAUUUAACAAUAUUUUUAUCAAAAAUCUCAAAAAAGUGUACACAACCCCAAAUGAUCAAUUCCUUUAAAUCUGUACAAGAUAUGAAUGUUUCCUUUGAACAAAAUUUGAAAAGUCAAUUAAGUAUGCAGCUUGUAAUAAUUGAGCCAAGUUCUAUUAGUUAAGGAAGAGUCAUUUUGACGUCACUCCACACUCUAUGGCACUUUGAGGAACAGUGCUGUACUUGCAAUUUCUGACCCCAUGCUGGACAUGCCUCCCUCCCUUUGAUGCCGUGUAACUU